AUGAGCAAUGAGCAGGGGGAGGAGCGUAACAUCUACACCUGCAUCUACAUCUACAUCAACAUCAACAGCGAGACUCACAUCUACAUCUACACCUACAUCUACACCUACAUUUACAUCUACAUCUACACCUACAUCCACAUCUACACCUACACCUACAUCUACAUGUACAGCUACACAUUCGCAUUGGCCGCGGCGUACGUCGCCGAGCAGCACAAGCAGCGCAAAUUCACCGACACAGGAACGUUUACUCUGCGGUGCUUGGUCUGUCAACAGGGCGUCGUGGGCGAGUCCGAGGCGCUGGAGCACGCGAAAGCGACGGGCCACCAGAAUUUCGGACAGUACUGA